GACUCAUUUUUUUCUUUCUUUCUUUUUUUUUUUUUUUAAUUUUUCUCUCUCGAUCUGAUGCUCGAUUUUCGCCGCUCUGAAUGCUGCAUUCAUUGCCAACUUCUCCUAUUUCUCCACUUAGACUUGAGCUGCAUCAUGAAUAGUUUGGGGGCACCUUUCAAUCGCAUACCUCUGGAAUGGUGGGGAUUACACAGCCGAAACCCGGAGAGCAUGUAAACGCAGAUGGAGUUUGGGAUUUAUUGCAAAAUAAGGGAAAGAUGACGGUCUUCUCAUUGUGCUUGCUCUUGUGCGCAGAUCUACUGGAUUUAGCAGUCGGAUAUUUGACAGUUACCAUAGAGCCCCUGCCUCCUGUUGUUGUGGGUGAGACGGUAACUCUGAAGUGUAACUUCAAAACUGACGGAAGGCUUCGGGAGAUUGUGUGGUACAGGGUCACAGAUGGAGGUACCAUCAAGCAGAAAAUCUUCACCUAUGAUGCUAUGUUUAAUACAAAUUACUCUCACAUGGAGGACUACCGGAGACGUGAAGACCUUGUGUACCAAUCAACUGUCCGGCUCCCGGAAGUUCGGAUCUCAGACAAUGGACCUUAUGAAUGCCACGUGGGUAUCUAUGAUCGGGCAACGAGGGAGAAGGUUGUCCUGGCUUCAGGGAAUGUUUUUCUUACAGUCAUGUCCCCUCCAAACAACAUAUCAGUGGUGGCGGAGAACACUCCGGCCCCUUUCAGUCGAUACCAGGCCCAGAAUUUCACUCUUCUCUGCACUGCGAAGGGAGGAAAACCAGCUCCUUCGGUGUAUUUCAAGCGUGACGGCGAGCUGAUCGAGGUGAUCUCCUACACGCACCCCACCAGCAUGGAGCAGGGGGGCGGCGCAGCAGGGGUGAGGGGAGCCAGGCCGCUCAUCAGCAGGGACCUGGACGACACCAAGCUGCAGCGGUCCCUGUCCCUCCUGGACCCCGAGGGCCGCUUGUCCCACCUGUACACGGACAACCCGCAGCGCGUCCACACUCAGGGCCAGCAGGCCUCCGAGCCCAGCCCCGCCACGGAGGUCAUUCCAGAGACAGUGGUGAGCCGGGAGUUCCCCCGCUGGGUGCACAGCACAGACCCGCUCUACUACUUCAGCCACACUCACAUCCCCCAGAGCGACGGCUCCGUGGUGGUGCAGGCCCGGCUCACCUGGACCCUCAACCCGCAGCUGGACAACGAUGCUCUGUUCAGCUGCGAAGUCAAGCACCCGGCGCUGUCCAUGCCCAUGCAGACAGAGGUCACUUUAGCCGCUCCGAAGGGUCCUAAACUCUUCAGUCCCCCCACGAGGGCAAAAGUGGGGGACACCGUGCGUAUAUCGGUGCAAGGAUUCCAGAAUGAGGUUUUUCCUGAGCCACUCUUCACCUGGACGCGGGUGGGGGGGCGCCUGCUGGACGGCAGCACGGAGCGAGAAGGGAAGGAGCUGAUUCUGGAGAGAGUGACGGCUGAGCUGAACGGUCCAUGUACGCUGCACGGCCAGACUCCUUUGGGCUCCCAAGACACACACACUCGCCUCAUAGUCUUUGAAAAUCCAAGCAUGAUGAAAAACACACAGAAUCAGAACAAAACUCUCGCUAUCAUAUGA